CCAGCAGACAUUUGCCUACCUGUGCACCUCCAGCGUGUGCGUCACGCAAACUCUCCUUCGUGUAAUUGUUUCCUCCGAGGUUUUUCCUACCCGGUGAUUUUUUGGAUUACGGAGAAAAACACGAAGCAGUGUGGGCGCGUAACUCCCGAAAUCAUGGAUUUAUGGAUAAAGUUGAUGUUGUUGUUGUGCAGCUGCUGCUUUGGAGCAAGUGCAGACUUUGAUGGCAGGUGGCCACGGCAGAUGGCCUCGUCCAACGGCCUGUGUCGGUACGGGGCCAGGGUGGACUGCUGCUGGGGAUGGACACGCCGAUCCUGGGGUCACUGCCAGCCUGUGUGCCAGCCUGGCUGUAAGCACGGAGACUGCGUGGGACCCAAUAAGUGCAAGUGUCACCCUGGCUUCACCGGCAAGACCUGCAAUCAAGACCUCAAUGAGUGCGGGCUGAAGCCAAGGCCCUGUAAACACAGGUGCAUGAACACAUAUGGGAGUUACAAGUGCUACUGCCUCAACGGCUACAUGCUGAUGCCUGACGGGACAUGUGGAAAUGCUCGCACUUGUGGCAUGGCCAACUGCCAGUAUGGCUGCGAGGUGCUGAAAGGAGAGGUCCGAUGUCAGUGUCCGUCGCCGGGGUUACAGCUGGCUCCGGAUGGAAGAACCUGUGUGGAUGUAGAUGAGUGUGCAGCAGGGAUAGCAGUGUGUCCCCGGUUCAGGAAAUGCAUAAACACCUUUGGUAGCUACAUCUGCAAGUGCCAUGAAGGCUUUGACCUGCAAUACAUCAAUGGGAAAUACCAAUGCAUAGAUGUGGAUGAAUGCUCUUUAGGUCAGAGCCACUGCAGCAACUUUGCCUCCUGCUACAACACGCCGGGCUCAUACAAGUGCAAAUGCAAAGACGGCUACAGGGGGAUGGGCCACGAUUGCAAAGCCAUUCCUAAGGUGGUUAUUGACCCUCCGAGACCAGGCAAACUGCCUCCAAAUCAUCACAACCGCAUCCCCGACAUGGAUCAGAAAAGAACCACCACUACUCUCCGCCCACCAGUGACCCAAAAGAGAAUGUUCCCCAUAAUCCCCAAAUCAACAACUGCCACAACGACUGAGACAACCAUGACAACGACCAAAGCACCUCUGCCUCCAAAGAGGGUCCCCCCAACUCCACACAAGCCAGCAGUUCCCACCCGGAAGCCCUUUAUCCCAACCAGGAAGCCACCAGCACCUACACCCAAGCCAUACAUACCACCAAGGCCAGCGGACCCCACCAGACCCCCGCUGCUGCCACCACCGGUCACACCUGUAGACAACACCAUCCAGAAGGAGGUCACCAAACAGAGAGGGGAUGUCCACAUCCCUCGGAACCAUGAUCAUAACACCGUCCUUGGUGUUGACUUUGACAUUGAGCUCGGCAACACAGCGGAUGAAGCCAAGGACGACCCAGAGUCGGGGUAUCUGAGCUGCUCCUUUGAUGAUGGACUUUGUGGAUGGAUCAGGGACAGAGAUGGAGACCUGCAUUGGGAGACGACGCCUGAUCCGUCAGGUGGACGGUACCUCACUAUUCCCGAGGUGGGCAACAAGAGGUCUGGGCGAGGGGCACGGCUGGUCCUCCCACUCACCCCUCCCUGGAACGAUGGGAAUCUGUGCCUGUCGUUCCGGCACAAGCUGGCAGGCCACCACGUUGGUAUGCUGCAAGUGUUUGUUAAGAAGGGAAAGCAGUACAGUCCAGCAGUCUGGGGCCGGACAGGUGGAAAUGGCUGGAGGCACACCCAAAUCACACUAUGGGGUACAGGCCUGGAAAGUGUGAUCCUGAAGGGGGAGCGUGGGCGAGGCAGGAGCGGCGAGAUGGCUGUGGACGACAUCACCCUGAGGAAAGGCUCCUGCACAGAGGAGCACAAUCUGAGGAGACUCUGACUGACAGAACAGAGAAAGGCAGAGAGAAAAUGAGGGAAAAUCAUCUCAAAGAGAACUGACUCUGUUGUGACAUCCCCUCACUCUGCCUGGCCUCUUGCUGAUCCCCGCGCCGCCCCUCCCAGCCAUUCUGUGAAUGAUAUCCAAAAAGUUGUGCGUAUACAGAACAGUUAGUUUCUCUUUUUGACUGUCCAUGAAUAGAAAAACUGAAUUGAAAUGUCAUGGGUGGAUCCCAGCAGCAUACCCCGUCUUCUCAGCCACCCUCUCACUCCAUAACUUUGUUACCAUGAAACCUGCAUGAACCAACUUACCAUGGAAAUGUCCUCCACCUAACACAGCUCUGGCAGCCUUCCAGCAAAACCGCUGAGAGGCCCACGUUCAGUUCAAUUCUUCCUAGCGAGAGGAUCCUUCCCUCACUCAGCAGUCUGCUUUUGCCUUGCUUUGAUCCUUUAGCCACAAGCCAUUGCUUUUUAUUUGCUGGCAUACAUUUCUUUGAAGUUUAGAGAUAAAAAAAAAUGUAUGUAAAACAAAUGUAAUGUCGUAAUUUCUUUAUAAUCCAGAUCUGAUUUAGACCCAAAGUAAAACAUCAACCAUGAGUCAGUUUAGCCCUGCCUUAGUUGGUCUUGCAAUUGUUAUAUGGCACAGUUUGGAAUGAAAAACACGUUUUUUUUUAAUUUUCUUUUUCACACUUUUAAAAAGAUCUGUUUGGUAGAAGAGGGUUUAAAAUUUAGCACCUUUUCUACCCUGAUCUUUUAUAUAAGCCUCCUAAAGUUGAAUCAGUGUAUGAUUUAUGACAAUUGCAAAUCAACACUUAGUUUCUAUUAAACAGUAUGUGCUUUGUUAUAUUAAGUGCAGUUUGUCAUAAAGACAAAACCAACACAUUUUUUAGGCUUUCAAAAAUUGUAUUAUUGUAAAUGUAGUUGUGUGUACAUACUCUGAUAAUCCCAUUUGUCUUGUGGUUUAUACGUUAUGUAAAUUCAUACAUUGAUAUUAAUUGGAUUUCAAAGUGGUUGGUAUUUCAACUAUUACUUAAAGAACAUGUAUACAGAUGGAAACCUCGUGUACUGCAAGGCUGUGUAUGUCGUUGUCAAUGUGUUAUGGUAAAAUGCUCUGUCUGUAACUUGCAAAGCACAUAGUUGCAUAUUGUAUGCUGUGAUAAUGAAGGGCAUCGGCUGGAAUUUUAAGGUUUUCUGUAUGCAUGGGUGCAUCCACCAAAUUCAGAUUUAUCCAGACCAGUAUGUAAAUAAAAUUAAUUUUGCCUCUAACCUACCCGGUUCUAAU